UUGCGACUUCAUUAGCUUUUAAAAAGAAUUUAGCCCUCAAGGAAAUUAUUGAAUCCACAUAUUGGAGAACUAAUUCAAUAUUUGCAUCUCAUUAUCUUAGGGAUAUUCAGACAACCUUUGAUAAUUGUCAGACGCUAGGUCCAUACGUGUCCUCUGGUACAGUAUUGGGCAAAGGAGUUACUACCCCAUAACCUUCUUGUAAGCUAGUUGAUUUUAUUAGGUGAUGGUGUUUGUGUUUUUGGUCGUCUGAGAAAAGUGUUCGGUACUUUAUCAGUCUUGUUAGUAUUAUCUUGGUAUGGUGUGUGUGUAGUUCAGGUAAAUGAUCUAUUACUAGCUUGAAUGCCGUGGCAUAAGAGGGCUGUACGGUUCUGUCAACACAUUGGUCACGUCCAGUUGUCAGUUCCAGUCUUAGCUUCUUCAACAUACAGGACACUUCCUUGUUGAGAGCUCCUAAGGUUUAAGCAGGCUUAGAGGCAGGACCUAUGAAGUCAGCUACCUUAGCAGGGAUGUGUUGCAACUGCUGGAAUUUCUAAGGAAAUAUCAACAAUAGUAUAAAAUAAAGUUUCAUGAAACCUGUCCUAUAUUGCUGACCCAAGAUGUACUUACUUAGAAGACUUACCAAUAUAACCUCCACUGUCUGUUCACCAUCCAGAAUUAAAUUUGAAAAACGUGGUUUUGCAAAAGUACAGUUUCGGCACUCACAAAAACAACUACAGCAGCUGGUCAGAGAGGAUCAACAAUAUGUACAAAAGCAAAUGGGAAUGAUUUUGGGAGUAUUUCCUAAUGUGAGAGGAACUUUGAAUAACAUGUUUUAUAACCUGAGUACCAAUUUGGAUCCCUCUUACAAAUGUCAUCAUACAACAUCAGCAGUUGGAAGAGUCAGCAACCAGUUAGUGUACCACACAACAUUUACAAUUAAUUGGCCCAAAUCAAUGUCAUUUACUGGCUAUGGAAUCAAGAAAAGGGAUGCUGAACAGAAUGCUAUGGUAAAAGCACUGGAGUAUCUGUACAAUGAGAGUCUCAUAACAUCGAGUGGCCAUCCAGUUACAGUAUCUCAAGAAGAAAAGCAGAAACUAAUUGAUAAGUGGUCUUGUCCACCAGUUCUAACAGUGCCAUACCAUCUUUUGGAAGAAGGAUGGAAAUUAUUAGAUAACUUUGAAGAGGAAGUGCAGCCAUAUUUAGAGGAAAAAAAUAAAAUGACAUCUUUUAUUCCAAUGAGUCAUCAGGAGGAUUCAGAGGAUGAGAUGCCUGGUACUGGGUCUUUUGAACCUGUCAGUGAUAAUUCAGAUGUAGAUGAAGAACCACCAGGUAGUGGUUUUGUGUUAGAUCUUUUAACUGGAAAGGAAUAUGUAGUCAAUCCCGAUGCCAGCCACAGUAGAAGCAGAGAAUUACUAGAACGACUUUCCUGGCGAGUGUCAUCUCCUACUCCUCAGUCUAGGCUGGGCAAAACUCUGCCAAUGCUCGAUUAUAAAGAUAACCUUGAAAAAGCCCUCGAUACUCAUCAAGUUGUGAUUGUGGCAGGAGAUACUGGUUGUGGUAAAAGUACUCAGGUUCCUCAGAUGAUCCUAGACAAGUGGAUAAAGGAAGGAAGAGGAGCUGACUGUAAUAUUCUUAUUUCACAGCCCAGAAGAAUUUCAGCAAUUUCUUUAGCAAAAUGUAUUGCUCAAGAAAGAGGAGAACAGCUGGGUGAAAGCAUUGGCUACCACGUACGACUGAAUUAUAAACGUGUCGAGGAUCGUGGAGGUGUAAUGUUUUUAACAACUGGCAUGCUGCUCCAGGGACUCCAUUCCAAUCCUACUCUGGAAGGCAUAUCACAUGUCAUAGUAGAUGAAGUGCAUGAACGUUCUGUACCAACAGAUUUGCUUCUAAUUCUUUUGCGGCGACUGAUUCGUUCUAAUACAAAUCUUAAAUUAGUCUUGAUGAGUGCCUCGUUAAGUAUGGAAGAACUUUGCAAUUAUUUUGGGAAAAGUGAAUCUGCAUUGAUAGAAGUGCCUGGUGCUUUGUAUCCUUUAACACGCCAUUAUUUAUUUGACGUUUUCAGUGAAUUGAACCUAAACUCAAAGAAAUACCAACUCCAGCCACUUACAGAGCCUGGUUCACAUCCCAUUGUUAAUGUAGAGUUAGUGUUAGAUAUUAUAAAAAGAAUAGAUUCCUCUAGACCACCAGGAGCUAUCUUGUGUUUCUUACCUGGCUGGCAGGAUAUAAGUUUAGUGCAAGUGCGGUUACAAGAAAAUGAAAAAUUGAAAGAUAGGCUGUGGGUGCUGCCAUUGCACUCACGUCUGCCUUCUUCAGAGCAAGAACAGAUCUUUGAACCUGCUCCCAGUGGUAUGCGGAAAGUAGUGCUUGCAACAAACAUUGCAGAAACAAGUUUGACUGUUAAAGAUGUUGUCUAUGUAAUUGACACAGGGUGCCAUAAAGAACAAAGAUAUGACAGUAGAAGAGAUUUGAGUGUCUUGGGAAACCAUUGGAUUUCAAAAGCCAAUGGCCAGCAGCGAGCUGGGAGAGCAGGAAGGGUGCAGCCGGGUGAGGUUUUUCACCUCUACUCCAAAAACAUUCAUAAAGACAUGAGCAGAUUUCCUGUACCUGAAAUUUUGAGGAUUUCAUUAGAGCAUGUGAUACUGCAGUGUAAGGCACACUGUGGAGAAGAAAGUGCCCUGUCUUUUCUCUCAGAAGCACUUAGUGUACCUUCUCCUAGACUAAUAGGAAAAGCUGUAAGGAAUCUUGAAGAUUUGGGGCUGCUUAAAUCCAAUCGUAUGGAGUCCAUUGAAACUCUCACCCCAUUGGGACGGCGUGUUGUUCACUUUUCAACCCCACCGCAUUUGUCAAAGGCUCUUAUUUAUGCAUCAAUAUUCAAAUGUGUAGAUUCAGUUGCAUCAAUUGCAGCAGCAUUAAGCAGUGGCAGGGGUAUAUUUCAUAACAGCAUUGACAUGCGUUCUGACAUACGAGACGUUAAACAGUCAGUAAACCCAACAAGUGAUCUUCUGGCAAUGUUAGGCCUCAUUCAGCACUGGGAGGAAUUGUCCAACUACAGAGACUCCAUUCAUUACUGUAAUAACAAUAAUCUUAGUCAUCGUGGAUUGUUGUUUAAUAAUGGGAUCAAGAGAGUGUAUGGCGACCAUCUGAAAGAUGCCUUUAUGGUUGAUAACAAUGUGUUCUCCGAAGACUCGGUAUGGAAUGUGAACAACCUGAAUCAUCAGUUACUUUUGGGGGUUUUACUGGCUGGUGUUAACAGAGUAUUGCUCCUGCAGAGAGGGACAUUGUCUAAAGGGAUACUGCGAAAGGAUAGUACUGUUAUCAAGAUGUUGGAAGGGACAGUCAUUAAUACUGGCAGUGACUGCGUACUACACAGCAUCCCCAAAAAUCUAGAUGAUGAUUCCCGCCAUCUGUUGUGUGUCCACUUGACGAGGGAUGAAACGUCUCGAAGAACAGUUGCAAGAGACUUAUCUCUGCUUCAGCCAAUCACAAUUGCAUUGUUUGCUGGACAGGCUUUAUCUCUUCACCUAGCAGGAGAACAGUAUUUACUGUCGGUUGAUGGCCAAUUAAAAAUGUCAUUUCAUGUUGACCAGAGAACUGGAAACUUCCUUAUUGAACUUCGUAAUGCUGUACGUCAGUUGGUUGAAAUAAUAAUAGAAACUCGAGGUUUAGAUGUUACGUCUUCAAGUUUUGAAGCUUCCUGUGAUAUGCUCAUACAGUAUGUAAGUCGUUUGGUAGAAUACUAUGAUUUCAAAGAAGAGAAAAAUACAAAGCGAAGUAUAUUAUAUGAAGAUGAUGAUAGUUAGUGAGAUAUGUAUCUGUACAUCAUGAGUUGUUGUUGUUGUAAAUAAAUUGUAUAUUUAUUUUUACUGUAAUAUA